AGCUGCAUGCCUCGUAUGGGCCAAUAGGAGCUGCAUGCCUCGUAUGGACCAAUAGGAGCUGCAUGCCAACUAUCGACCAAUGGACUUUCUGAAGUCUCACUUAUGUUUGUUUUUAAUCCACCAGAGGUGAGCAGCACCAGCGCGCCCGGGUUGAGUGGGCCCCUGCCGCCUGGGGGCCCGCUAGGGACCACUCCGGCCCCUAGACUCCUCCUCCCGCCCCUCCACGAGCUGCGGAAGAAGGAGACGGAGGAAAUACUGAACUUAAUCCUCCCGCCCAGGGAGUGGGAGGAAGCAGGUCAGCUGUGGGUACAGUCGGUGUCAACGACCCCGGCCACCUCCGUGGACGUGCAGCAGCUGCAGGAGCACCUCGACCUCCGCCUACAGGAGCAGGCGGCCUUCGAGACCGGCAUCUGUCCGGUCCGACGCGAGCUCUACACCCAAUGUUUUGACGAGUUGAUCAGACAAGUGACAAUCAACUGUGCAGAGCGAGGCUUGCUGCUGUACCGUGUUAGGGACGAGAUCAGGGAGACACUAGAUGCCUACCAACGCCUCUAUACCUCUUCCUGCGCUUAUGGCGUUAGGAAGGCCCUCAUGGCUGAGGAACACAAGGUGAAAGUGGGUGCCCGCUGCGACGAGCUGCGUGCGCAGGUCGGGGACAUGGAGGCGCGGGCCCACUCACUUCGGGAGGAGAUCGACCAGCUGCAGAAGGAGGCCCAGGAGGCCAGGCAAGCUGAGGCGGAUAAACACGAGGAAACCAAGACUGUACACCAAGCCAGGAUAGAGAUACUUAAGAAGAAGCUCGAGGCGAUCAUCAAGCAGGCCACGCAACCCAAGAAGUAAACUACAAUUUGUGUGUGUCGGGUCUAAGACCUGAGAAUAGUAUGCAACCUUCUACGUUUUUAAACUCUCGCUACUCUUUAAACAAACCCAACUUACCCCAAUGUAAACUAACCUAACCCAACCCAACCCAACUUUACCUAACCCAACCCAGCCUAACCUACCUUAUCGUAGCCUAAUAGAACCUAACUCAACCUAUCUUAAUCUAACCUAACCCAACCUAUCUUAAUCUAACCUAACCCAACCUAUCCUAACCUAACAUAGUCAAACAUAACAUAACCUAACCUAACAGAACCAUAUCAAGAAAGGACCAUAACGAGAAACCUUGAACUAGGCACCUCUCUUGAAUGUAUCCUCAACCCAACCUUAUUUAAUAUUUUAAUAAAUGAGCUAUUAAACUGUGGCCGAGCAAAUCCAACGUACACAUCAUUGGCUGAUGAUAUAUAAUGUUGAUGUUGGUAUCAUAAUACACAUCACUGGGUAUGCUAACAAGCAAGACACUUAACUCUGUAUUAGACUCGUGUCAGGACCUAGGUUUAAUCGUCUCAACAGAGAAAACAAAGGUACUAAAUCGGCGCCCACCCAGGCAGGGAGGAGCUGUUCACAAGAUGCAACUGUAUGAUGGCUCCCAGCUUGACUAUGUAAACAGAUUCAGAUACCUUGUCUUUGAGGUCCCACUGGAUGGUCCUAUUGUAAUCAGACUCUGUCGUCAGUAUACAAAGAAGCUCAGAGCUCUGAAGGCUGUUGCAGGUUAUCAUUCAGGCUAUGGUGCCAAUGUCAGAAUGGUCAAAAAGGUGUAUCUUUCAUGCAUCAGAUCUUUAGUGUGUUAUGCUGCACCUAUGCUUGCUUUGAUGACUGAAAGUUUGGAGGGCUUGAUAAAUUGCAGAACGAAGCCUUGAGGAUAAUCCUUGGGUGCCCUCGUAUCACGAAGAUACUCAAUAUGAGAAAGGGACUUAAUAUUCCGAGCGUUAUUGAUCGUGUUACGGAAAUUAACUGUCAAAUUGGUAUAAAAUGCUUAAGUUAGCUCAUCUUAACCCUUGCUCAGAGGCCCUCCAUAAUUUCUUAACAUUGUUCUAAACGAAUUACUAUGACUGGAACUAAAUGGAUCUAAGACUAAGAUCAGAUUUAUAAUUUGAACCGAGAGAGAACAGCGGCACUUUCCUGCACCGUGGGAGAUUACCCCAUUUCAAUUUUAAUUCUUCCCUUUCUACCAAAGAAGCAAAUAAAACAUCAGCCCAAGCUCGUCAGAGGAAAAGCUCAACGCCUUAAACCAUAUUGAUACUGUUCACAGAGCAGUCUCUCUCUCAAACCAUAUACACUGAUGGUUC